UCAACGACGUUACGUUUUUGAAUGCAUUUUAGUCGGCAUGUUCGCUCAGAAAUGGAAGCGUGGUUGUAUUUAUUGCUCCUGGGAAUAUUUUCCGCGUCUUCCGAUUUCGUCGCAGAGCUACCAAAAUUCGAAGAACCGAUUGUUAACGUUACCGUACCAGUGGGUCGAGAAGCCAUCUUAGCAUGCCUUGUUAAUGACCUGUCUUCGUAUAAGGUAGCGUGGUUGCGAGUAGACACGCAAACUAUUCUUACCAUACAUACUCACGUGAUCACCAAGAACCACCGUAUCGGAGUAAGCCAGAGUGAUCACAGGGCUUGGUAUUUGCAUAUAAAAGAAGUACGUGAAUCGGAUCGGGGAUGGUAUAUGUGCCAAAUAAACACCGAUCCUAUGAAGAGUCAAGUUGGACUUUUAGAUGUUGUCGUUCCGCCGGACAUUUUGGAUUAUCCGACCAGCACCGAUAUGGUGGUACGAGAGGGAAGUAAUGUAUCGUUGAGAUGCGCCGCUUCGGGUUCGCCAGCGCCGAAUAUUACGUGGAAGAGAGAAAACGGCGAGAUUAUUCCUCUUGGGAAUGGCGUUGAAGUUAUGAGCGCCGAAGGUUCUGUAUUAAAUAUAACCAGAGUGAAUCGUAUGCAUAUGGGACCAUACUUAUGUAUAGCGUCGAACGGAGUUCCUCCUUCAGUUAGCAAAAGGAUUAUGCUAAUAGUAAAUUUCCCUCCAAUGAUAUGGAUCCAAAACCAGCUAAUAGGAGCUUACGAAGGACAACAGCUAACGUUGGAAUGCCAUUCAGAAGCAUACCCAAGGUCAAUUAAUUAUUGGGCAAAAGGAGAAGCUAUCGCUCAUGGUACAAAAUACGAACCUUCAAUGUCAAAUAAUGCGUACAAAGUGCAUAUGAAAUUAACCAUAAAAUCAGUCGGUCCUAAUGAUUAUGGAGCGUAUAAAUGCAUAUCGAGGAAUUCCUUAGGCGAGACGGACGGAACUAUUAAAGUUUAUCCUAUCGAGUACAAAGGUCAAAUAUCCACUAUAAAGCCACGAAUCAGAUUCAAUAACCGAAAACAUAGCGCGAGGAGAGGUUCCAAAGACUUUAAGAACAGUACGAGAUCGAAUAACACGACACUGAUUGAUUACGAUUCGAACGAAUUCGGAGACUCGGACGAAGAAUACAACGAUAUAUCAGAUUCGGCGUCUCUUCCUGUAAAAACAAUUCCUUAUUUUCUAAUUAUUUUCGCAACAUACUAUAAAUUAACAGCUGUAUGAAAAACAAAAAAAUCUUCGAAUUCAACUCAUUUUUGUACUUAAAAAUUACGAAUACUAUGCUACCUCGUGUAAAUAAAUGUAAAUAUGAUUUAUGUAGGUGAAACUUGUAUGUACAUUGUUGAUGGGAAAUUUUCUAUAAAAAUAAGUCUGACUUUUAUAUAGUAAAUUUACAUUUAUCUAGUCUUUGUUUAGAAAAUUGUUUAUAUGAAUAAGCGUCAUCGCAUUGCCUAUUUGAAUUCUCUGUUUGAAAGCAAUUGAAAAUACAUGUUUUUUUUUUUU